UUUGAAGGGGACGACAGUCUAGCUCGGCGUGGCGAAACUUGUUUUACGUAUAUAUAACGCAGAGAUAAAAUUGUUCGCGUAUUUGAUCUUACCAGAAAUAACUGGCUGUAGCGUGUUAAAAACUUCGGAACACAUAAAACCUCUUUUAAGUUUUGACAUUGCUGACAGUUUUCGUUACGUGUGGAGUUUUUUUUUAUUAUUUUACGAAAUUUUAAGUUGAUAUUAUUUUAGGGAUUUGAAAUUAUACUGUUUUAUAAUAAUGGCGUGUACAGUUUGUAUGUAUGAUGAGAAUAAACCGGUGAAAAUGAGGAAGGAACGGGAUACGUUCGGUGAAUUGGACGUGCCGGAUGACAAAUUGUACGGCGCUCAGACCGUACGUUCCGUGAUGAACUUUCCGAUCGGCGGUAUAGAGGAACGGAUGCCCUAUCCAGUCAUUGUUGCUUUCGGAAUCCUAAAGAAAGCAGCGGCGAAAGUCAACAUCGAAUUCGGCCUCGACAAAAAAAUUGCUGAUGCCAUAAUGCAGGCCUGUGAUGAUGUGAUCUCCGGCAAGCUGUACCGCGAGGGUCACUUCCCUCUCGUCAUCUGGCAGACUGGUUCGGGCACUCAAUCCAACAUGAACACGAAUGAGGUAAUUUCAAAUCGCGCUAUCCAAAUCCUCGGCGGGAAGCUCGGCAGCAAGGACCCGGUGCACCCGAACGACCACGUGAACAAGUCACAGAGUUCGAACGACACGUACCCAACCGCCAUGCACAUCGCCGUCGCCAUGGAGCUGCGGGACCGCCUGAUGCCGGGCCUGGUGGCCCUGCGGGACACCAUGGACGCCAAGUCGAAGGAAUUCGAUAAGAUUAUCAAGAUCGGCAGGACGCACCUGAUGGACGCGGUGCCGCUGACGCUGGGGCAGGAGUUCAGCGGGUACGCGACGCAGCUGGCCUACAGCGCGGAGCGCGUGUGCGCCGUGCUGCCGCGCCUGCACUACCUGGCGCUGGGCGGCACGGCCGUCGGCACCGGCCUCAACACGCGCAAGGGCUUCGCCGAGAAGUGCGCCAAGGAGAUCGGCAACCUCACCGGCAUUCCAUUCGAAACCGCGCCCAACAAAUUCGAAGCGCUCGCUUGUCACGAUGCAAUGGUGGAAGUAUCUGGAGCCCUCAACACCAUCGCCGUCUCCUUGAUGAAGAUAGCCAACGACAUCAGGCUGCUGGCGUCCGGACCUCGCUGCGGUCUCGCUGAGCUCAUGCUGCCCGAGAACGAGCCCGGAUCUUCCAUCAUGCCUGGUAAGGUGAACCCGACGCAGUGCGAGGCGCUGACGAUGGUGGCGGCGCAGGUGAUGGGCAACCACGUGGCGUGCUCCGUCGGCGGCAGCAACGGACACUUCGAGCUCAACGUGUUCAAGCCCAUGAUCGUGUCCAACGUGCUCAGGUCCAUUAGGCUCAUUGGUGACGGUUGUCAGGCGUUCAACAAGAACUGUGCUGUUGGCAUCAAAGCGAAUACGACCCAAAUCAACAAAAUCAUGCGCGAGUCCCUCAUGCUUGUAACGGCACUUAACCCACAUAUCGGAUACGAUAAGGCUGCCCAAAUCGCCAAGACAGCACACAAAGAAGGCGGUACACUCAAGGACACAGCUAUCAAGCUAGGCAUCCUAACAGCUGAGCAGUUCGACCAGUGGGUCAAGCCCGAAGACAUGCUGGGACCUAAGUAGAUGUCUAGAAGUGAAAUGAAAACCUUAUGUAUGACAAUAGCUUUAUUACAUAAAGUAUAUGAACAUUGAAAUGGUUAUUUGUUGUUACAUUAAAAUACAUAUUUUUAAUAUAUGUUGGAAUUUUACAUGGGGUAGGAAUAAGUGAUAGUGCACGGACUACUUUUGACUUACCACUUGAGAAGUAUUUUUUAAUAGGAAACGGAAACAUGCUUUUUGUUUUUUUUCAGUAAAGACAUUAAAAAGGUGCAUUUCAGUAAAGACAUUUAAAAGUUAUCCUAUAUAGAGUCUUAUGGUAAAACAGAAUGUAGUGCAAGUUUCCUAUGCUAUCUGCCCCAUUUCAAAUGUUAAUUUUGUAUUGUAUUGUAUUCAUUAAUAAAGUUGUAAGAUUUUAUAUUCAUUUAUUUUCAAAAACAUAAUCUAUUUACAAACAAACAAUCAUUUUAAUGCAGAAUGUGUAAACUUUGUGAAAUGUAUUUAUAACUGUAUAUACAUUGAAUAUAGUUUUCUUUGCAAAUUGUCUUUGAUUGUAAUUUUGUAUUUUCUGUUCGUUUGAAAUAUCAAACAAUAAUAAUGUUAGUAUGGAGAAAUAAAAGUAAUUUAUUUAUUCAUAAAGCUAUUAUUAUAUUGAAGUUUGGUAAUAUGAAUUAAGUGCGUAUAAUGUAUAUGAAGAAUUUAGAAACAAUAUGACUAUCGCUGUCCCAGUUCUAUGGGAAAUACUUUCGUUUGAGAAUUAGUAUUGUUGGAAGCAUUUAACGGCCUGCAGAACAUUGGUGCUUAAACUGUUUCAAAAUAAAAUCUUAUAUUUGUUUCAAUAGCCACUACAUUCAUUCGAAUUAUUUUAUUUAUUGCAUAAUUAGGAUUAUUAUAAUCUAUAUUACGUCAUCGUUUUAUUGUAUUUGAGUUUCGAUCAUUCGUCUCGCGAACAAUCUCCGAUAAUUUCCUUUUUGUCAUUGAUGUAAAUUUUUCUUUAAAUUCAUAAAGCUUUGCGACACUUAUUUUAAGCUGGAACUAUUUGAAGUGUUACGCGCAACAAACUAUCAAAAUUUAGUGUUGCCAUAUUUAGUCAAGAAAAGUAAUUUAAUUUUUAUCUUUAAGUGGUGGCUGUAUAAGAUAAAUUGAAUAAUAUUCUUUACAUUAAGUUUUUUCAUUUUGUCUGGUUACCAACAGACAGUGUUUUCUCGAAUAUUAGAAAUCAUUUGCUCUCAUUUCAUACAAUUGAUCAGUUUUCUAUAAAUAAUAUUCAUACUAAAUUGAAAAGGAAAAUAUGGUUUGUGUGCACUCCAAUGUCGGCCACAAUCUCCGCUUUAUGCCGUAUACAAAAUAUGCCUUGAUAAUUUAUUACAUAUUUUUUUGGUAUUUACCUAUGUAUAUUUAAUUUAAAACUUAGCGCCAAAUUCUUGCACAAAUACAGACUAUUAAGGUGUUAUUAAGUAACUUUAUUUGGACAAACCGAAAUAUAUAUAUAUAUUUUGCCGCAUUGGUUCAUAAGUUUAGUAAAAAAAAAGCUAAGCUAAUAUCAACUAUAUUUUAUUUCUGCAACUUAUACAAUUAAUACAAUUUGGUACAUCUUUGGUUUAAAUACUUAACAUCGAUUCAAUGGAAUGCAAGUUUUUGGAUUGUUAUUUACAUAUAUAAUUGUUUCAUUUAUAAAAUAAUAAAUGAUGUUCGAAAUA